UACCGAGUGAGACACGUGGGAGGUGGGCCCACUCCCCAGAAGGAGAUUAUGUCACGCCGAGAUUUACGAAUAUAGUGUGGUCCAGUAAUCCGGUUUGUAGUGAAUAAUAGUCACGUGACUUUGAUUUAUUGCACAAACUAAACAAAGUAAAAAGAAAAAACGCCGUUCUAAUCUCUAUAUAGGUUUCUUAAUUAAAUCUAGUCCAUGAUCAUUGCAAGUAGUUAAUACUGCUGCUGCUUGUUCAAAAUUGUAAUAACUUUUGGUUGCUAGCUCCUUUUUCAGUUCUGAUGAUCAAUAAAUAUUAUUAAAUUAUAUACUGCACAAAAUAUCCGAAAAAUAAUCAGUAAUAUAUAUAUACACACAUGUUGUCGUAAUUGACAACAGUAAUGAGAAGUUUGAAAUGCCACCAAUAAUUCUCACAUGUAUAUAUGUAUACAUUGAGACAAAAUAAUAUACCUAAUUAGAAUCUCCAACUUACAAACUGAAAUUGGACAUUUGUUUUGAGAUUUAUUUCUCUUGAAGGCUUUCCUCCUCCGCCGCCCAGGAUGGGCACCACUAUAGAAUUAAUGCCCCACGCAGACUUAGAAGAAGGUGGCGGCGGCGGCGGAGGCGCAACCAGUGAGGAGGAAGAGGAGGAAUUGGGGAGAGAGUGCAGGAUUUGUCAUAUGAGUUUAGUGAGUUGCAGCAGCCCUGCAGGUUCGGUUUCUAGGGUUGGAAUUGAGUUGGGGUGUUGUUGUAAGGAUGAUUUAGCUGCUGCUCAUAGGCAUUGUGCUGAGACUUGGUUCAAAAUCAAAGGAAACAAGAUUUGUGAAAUCUGCAAUUCGACUGCGCAGAAUGUUGUGGGGCCUGAUGAUAUUACGGAGGGUAGAGAAGCAGAACACGGUGGCACUGACAGCAAUUUGGCCGGAUCUUCAGACAACUCAUCUAACUCUGGUGGAGCUAGAGAAAGCUGGAGUUGGUUGAAUGGACAUCGUUUCUUGAAUUUUAUUCUUGCUUGUUUUGUUUUUGCUUUUGUCAUUUCUUGGCUUUUCCACUUCAACCUUCCUUCUUAAUUCUUCUUCAUUCAUUAAUACUCUACUAUUUCACCAAUUAUUUUUAUUUAUUGGAAUUUAUUUAAUUACAUCA